GGUGACCGAACAUUUGCUGUCUGCUUUGCAAUGAGCUCGGCUGUGGUGUUGAACGCCGAGGGUUAUUUAGAUACCUCUUCAAAUGAAUCGUUCAACAAAGAUGAAUUCAAAGGGAUCAAAGAUAUCUUUGGUGGAAUAACAAUCAACACAGAUGGAGAGAAGUGUGAAAGUAAUGAAGACUUUGAAAGAAAACUUGCUUCAUCACUGGAAAAAUUCAAGCAGUCUGGUAUUAGGGGAGUUUGGCUUAGAAUAUCAAUAGAGAAUUCCACUUUUAUUCCUAUUGCUGUUAAGCAUGGUUUCCAAUUCCACCAUACUUAUCCAACUUACAUUGUUUUAACUCACUGGCUUCCCAAAGAUGAACCAAACACUCUACCAAGCUUUGCCACAAGCUAUCUUGGAGCUGGUGGGCUUGUGAUCAAUGAAAAGAACCAAGUAUUAGCUGUUUGUGAGAGGUACAAUAGAAAAAAGCAUUGGAAACUUCCUGGAGGCAUGGUGGAUAGAAUUAUUGAAAAACUUAUAAAACUGUGAACACCAACAAAGGGUAUCUGAAAACUAAACUGCAAACGGCAACAGUAAUUAGCCUGCGGUUCCGAGGUUUGCGCAUGUCUGGUGUACUCUAGCUAGUGGGAAGCGCGUUUCUCACCCGUGGGAAGAUUCGAAACGAGUCGGGGAGAGGUUUUCUGGGGGUCUGGCACUAAUAAUGUUAAUAGUGCUGGAAACCUAGCAGACGUCUCGCGGGCUCACGUUGUAGAAGGCCUCAUACUGUCCCGCAGGCAGAGAAACGCACGUACCGAAAUGCUAACAAUGAAGGCCUGUUCAUAGACCAGGGGCCAGGUGAAUAACAUUCAAGUCGUCGACGGACGAACUCGCGUACGCCAACUCGCCCUCGCCCACGGCUAGGUGAACUUUAUUCUGAUCGAUCAGUACUCAAUUGACUUGUGAGGAUCAAGAUUAAUUGGUCACAGUUUACUGAGUUUCACAGUCAAAUUGCCCUUAGAAAAUAAUAUACAUACUUGUGAAAAUCAUACUUUGGACAUAAUGGAACAAGUUUGCUGUACACCAUUAAAAUUGAAUGUGACGACAUUUUCGCAUGUUACAGCACAAUAUGAAAUACUGGUAUUAAACAUUUACCUAUCUUGCAAUACA